AUGCACCGGGGCCGACGCAAGGGCAUGUCGGUAGCCGGAAGCCGGAUCAACUUCGGUGAGUUCGGCCUGAAGGCAACCGAGUCUGCGUGGGUAACCUCCCGCCAGAUCGAGGCAGCCCGUCGCGCGAUGACCCGAUACGCUCGCCGAGGCGGGAAGCUGUGGAUUCGCGUCUUCCCGGACAAGAGCGUAACCGCCCGAGCUGCUGAGACCCGCAUGGGCAGCGGCAAGGGAGCCGUGGACCACUGGGUAGCGGUGGUCAGGCCCGGCCGGGUGCUGUUCGAGAUUGCCGGCGUGCCGGAAGAGACUGCGAAAGAGGCUCUACGACUGGCUUCGUCGAAACUGCCAAUGGCGACCAAGAUCGUCACAAGGCUGCCGGCGUAA